CCCGCCCGACCCCUCGCGGACCUCCGCGCGCCCCGCAACGAACCCGCAGCGCCCAGCGACGCCGACGCCGACGCGGACGGAGCCCAACGGACGCUCACGGCUCUCCGGAUCUCCCCGCUCUUCGGAUUUCACCGCUCUCCGCCUCACCGCUUCUCCUCCUCUCCGCUUCUCCUCCUCUCCGCGGCCCGGCGCCGCCCGGAUGCGGGCCCUCAGCCGGAAGCGGCCCCGGCCCGGCCCCGCGCAAGCGCGCUCCUCCGGCGCGGCGCUGGCCCCGCUUCCCGCCGUGCGCGGCGGCCAUUGGCUGCGGGCGGCUCCUCCCCGCGCCUCGGUCGGCGCGGCCGGCGGGGCGACGCGGGGCUCGGGGCCGUGCGGGGCCGGCCGUGCGGGGCCGGAAAGCCCCGGGGCCUGGGCCGCCCGAGUGCGGGCCGCGCGAUCGCCGCUAACGGCCGGCCCCGCUCGCCGCGUCGCGGAGGAGAGGCGGCACGAGGAGGAGGAGUGGGACGACGACGACGACGACGACGACGACGAGCGGAGCCUGCGGACGGCCUUCAAGAAGCUGCGGCUGGACGACGACGACGACGACGACGAGGCGGAGCGGAGCCUGCGGACGGCCUUCAAGAAGCUGCGGCUGGACGAGGCGCGCAGAUGGAUCGCGGCGCAGCCUGCGGGCGACGGGACGGUUCUCACGGCGCCGAGGAGAAGAGAUGCAGACGGAGCCCCGCAACCGUCCGUCUGCCAGGAAGCACGCAAUGGGUGUGAGAGGACCUCCGGAGGAUCGGCCGGUCUCUCACGGCAGAGACGUUCCAGGUCUCCUGUCCUAUCCGUGUGUGGAACAGCCUCCUCCAGUUCACCCGCGUUCCACUCUGAGGAGGCCCACACUUACGUAGAUGACACAAGUGUGGAAGACCUAACAGGAUACCUGGAGCACUAUUUAUUUAUUCCAAAGAAAAUGUCUCCCAUGGCUGAAAUGAUGUAUUCCUAAAUGAAAGCCAUAGGGAGUCACAUAGUCAUACAGUUUAGUUUUUUAAUUAAACCUGUAUAUAGUUUCAUACAGUCACACAAUGGUUUGCUUUGUUUUGGGAGGGACCUCUUAGAUCAUCUCUUUCCAACCCCCUGCGGCACAAAGGGACACCUCACACUGCUCCGUGGUCCCUACGGAGAGCAGCUGACCCGGCCUAUGUUGGCAGCACGCUGUCCCCAGCAGGGGAUGUGGGCUGACGUGGCGGCAGGGAACAGCUCUGAGCACGCUGGGCAUUUAUGGCUCUAGCAGGAGACACUGCGCUCUGUCACAGGAGACCUGCCUCGCUCUGCCCUCAUCACUUCAUGCUAAUGCACGUUCGCCUGUAUUCUACUCUCUCUUUUUCUAAUAAAAACUGUAUACAGUUUCAUACAGUC